GCAGACUGGAGCAGCAGACCCCCUCCCACACACGUGCAUGCGGGUGCAUUUUGCCAUCACAUAGAGGCAGCAGAGGAAUGGAAGAAGGAGAACAGUCUUACCCUCUUUUCACCACUCCUGUGUAUAAUGAUUCUCCAUGGGAGGUGCUUUGAGGAAAGGCACAGAGUGUGUCUUUUGUUGCUGUUUUCCUGGCUUUUAGUGUGAUGAACUAGCUACCGCCUUCCACACAAGCAUCAGCUGGACUCACCUCCAAUCCUUUGCAGAGAAUUUCUAGCAUGGAAAUGCUGCACUAAUAAAUUAUUGUGGGAGACAUAAAAGCAGAUCAGCAGCCCGGGAAAAAUGACAGAUAGAAUUUGACAGAUGGAAGUACGGAUUUGCAUCAUGAACGCAAUAUGGAAAACAAAGAACUAUUUAAGGGGACAUUGGGAAAUUUCAUCUUUGAUUUUGUAGAGGGAUUUACAUGAAACAAUGACAUUAAAGAGGAUUACAGCCCAACAUCAACAUCUGUUAUCUGAGUACACACGCAUUGGUCUAAAGGAAGCACUUUUCUACUAAAUUAGGAUGAAGCAUUGCUGUUAUUGAAAACCCUGGAGCAGUGAGUCAGAGGAAUCAUCAUUGGCAACAUGUCGUCCUUUCACUAGCCCUACCUGGGGUCCACAAAUACCCAUCUGUAAACCUUCUACCAUCAGAUAACCCUCAGGCUUUUAAUAACAUAUGUUCGACCUCAAUAAAUUGCACCACCACACUUUCACAUAUCAUUAACAUGCCGUGGCGACGGCGACACUGCUGUCCAAUGAAGAUGACAUGGAAUAUCAAGCGGUCACUCUUCCGUAUACACAUGAUGGGCCUGCUUGUGCUGGGUUUACUUGUUACACUUUUUCUCGGCUGCAAAGACUGGCUACCCAGUCAACCAGAACAACGAGAAAAUGCUGUGGUUUACACAAUGCAUGGCUUGAAUCCAGUAAGGGAACAUGCUGAAGGCAACCAAAGCUCAAUGCAAAGCCUCUGGAGGGGGUCCCUUUUUGUUCCUUCAAAGCUACCUAUGAACUUUAGUUCUCAUCAAUCAGAAUUUGCAGCCCAAAGUAUCUCAGGAAUGGAAGCAUCUCUCAGUACUAACAAAACAAAUGGCAAUACCUUGCACAGAGAAAUGGGUGUAGGAGAGCAGCUAGCACCUAAUCCAUACCAGUAUAUGUUAAAUGAGCCCUACAAAUGUCAAGACAGCAGCCCCUUUCUCAUUCUACUUAUUGCCGUAGAGCCAGGGCAUGUGGAGGCCAGGAAUGCCAUCAGGCAAACAUGGGGAAAUGAGAGCAUGUUAAUGGGUGUUGAGUUUGUGCGUCUGUUUCUCAUGGGCAUGAAAAGCAGUCCUGAUGGCCACCUUCAGAGUGCCAUUGUGGACGAAAGCUUCCAGCAGCAUGAUAUUAUACAGCAGGACUUCAUGGACACAUACUACAAUCUUACCAUCAAGACACUAAUGGGCAUGAACUGGGUGGCUGAGUACUGUCCUCAUGCCAGGUAUAUCAUGAAGACUGACAGCGACAUGUUUGUCAAUACAGAGUAUUUAAUCCGAAAGUUGCUGAAGCCAGAGGCACCACCUCAGCACAACUACUUCACUGGCUACCUAAUGCGAGGUUACGCACCUAAUCGCAACAAAGACAGCAAGUGGUACAUGCCUCCAGAGCUCUAUUCCAGUGAGAGGUACCCCAUCUUCUGUUCUGGCACAGGCUACGUGUUCUCUGGAGACAUGGCAGGCAAGAUCUAUCAGGCAUCUUUAAGUAUACGUCGUCUACACCUCGAGGAUGUUUAUGUCGGGAUCUGCUUAGCAAAGCUGCACAUUGAUCCCGUUCCACCACCGAACGAGUUUCUCUUCAACCACUGGAGAGUUUCCUACUCAAGCUGCAAAUACAGCCACCUUAUCACAUCCCACCAGUUUCAGCCCAGUGAACUCAUCAAGUACUGGAACCACUUGCAGAGCAACAAGCACAAUGCUUGCCUCAACAUGACAAAGGAAAAGAGUAUCAAACUGCGUCAUAGGAAGUUGGAAUGGGAACGGAUUCGGCGAUGACCACAAGCAUGACAAUAUAUUUUAAAGCAUGUGGAAAAUCAAUCAGUACACUAAUAUAGGAAAGAGCACAGUUUCUGUCAUUAUGUAAAGUCAAUUAAAACUAUUUUUUAAAUUUGAUAGAUGUUACGUAUUGUAAAUCCGUUUAGCUAUUUUUAAAAGGGAUGUGGGGGUAAAUGUUACGUGCAAUAUAUAGCAUGCACAAAAACGCAUAGGUGAGAUCACCUCAUUCAGGUGCCAAGAAGAAUUACAAUGCAACAAUUUCUCUCCGAAUCUUUACAAAUAUUUAUUUAACAAAAAGAUUUACAACAACGGAUUAUAGUGAUGGAUUUUGUCUAUAUCACCGGUCUGCCAUGGAAACAGCUGAACCCCUGCUUGUUUGGGCAAUUAUUCAAUCAGACAAUCAUGUAGUCAGAGUCUCCCAAAUUUUGGAUGUUUGAUCUUAACGUUGAUUAAAGCUCUUGACCUCUACCUGCAUAAUUCUACCCAUUGUUCUGUUGCUAGAUGAUUGGUUGAUUAGAGAAUUGAAUGAAUGUGCAGGUGUACAAAUGUUUCAAUAUAAAGACAAAGAAAGAGAGAUUGUACUUUUUAAGAGCUUUGCAUAUGUUUACCUUCCUUGGGACUAAAGAAAAAUAUUUAUUAAAUGUUUUUCCUUCUAAUUGGUCUUGUUUAUGUGUUUGUUACUUACAAUCACAGUAUGUUGUCUUUGGGAAUUGAAAGAAAAUUUUAAUGAAUGACCUUUAUCUAAAAUUAUAUCUCAAAAUGCUGCUGAAAUGUAACUAAACCAAUAGACAGCCAGUCUAUUAUAUGUACUUGCUGUAUAUCAUGUGUAGAGGUGUCAUACAUUGCAGAUGUCUUAAGCAAACACAGGUUUACUGAACUAUCCUACUCAUGUAGGCUAAAAGUUUUGCACACGUGAAUGUAGCAACGGCAAAGUAGUAAUUUUGCAAUAGGUUCUGGCCAUGUCCCAGUGCAGCAUAGAGCUACAGAUUACAGCACCGACCUGCAUGAAUAUCCAGGUCCUGCUCUGAAAAUAACAUGGGCUUUGCAGAUGUUACAAUUUCUAUGCUAUGAACACAAAACACUUAUGAUUAUAUAACAGGUGAGCAUUUGUUGUUUACUGGCAUACAUGGCACAUGGGGAGGUGGUAGAUUAGUGGGUAAGGCAUUGGCCUAAGGCCUUGGACUUUGGAUCUGAAGGUUAUGAGAUCCCAAAUCCCACCCACACCAAGCUCCCGCUCCUGGGCCAUUAAGCAAGGCAUCUCAUUUGUAGAAAUGAUAUAAAUGUAAGUUGCUCCGGAUAAGAGUUUCUGCCAAUUCCGAUAAAUGUAAAUGCCACAAGAAAAAUAAUUUAAAAAGAUAAAAAAAAAUAGAAAGUACAGCUUUGAAACUGAAUGUUGCCCACUUUUUUAGCUUGCAUUUCAGUCUUAUUAAGAUCAUAUUAUAAAACUUAAAAAUACCUAUUUGCUACAGACUCAUUGAAAUAAGCCCAAACAUGCUAAAAGAGGUGCUCUUGCAUUUGUUGCUUUCAUUUCUCGAUUAAAAAUAUUUCAUGACCAUCCAAUUCCAUAACCAAUUCCUCUUAAAUCUGUCAAAAAAAGGUUGGCAUUUAUGGAUCCAGAUGAAGAACAAACUUUAUUUAAGUAAAAUAAAUUUUUUAAUUUAUUGUUAGCUUUAUACAUACACACACACACACACACACACACACACACACACGUGUGUGUGCAUGUGUUUUUAGUACUAUUGGUAUUAAAAUCGUAUGCUUACAAUUAGUUUAUGGCCUUAUGUAUAUCACACUAUUUUCCAUAUUAUAUUGCAAACGUUAAAAUAAAAUGCUAAAACAAAUAAUUUUUCUCAUUCAGAUAAAUUAAUUAAUAUUUAUAGGCCACCGGAUCUGUGUUUUGAACUUGUGCAUAAUUUGAAAGCGUCCUUUAAAAGUAAUCCGACUUUUAUGUUCAAAAGAAAUUCCCUGGUGUUCUCUAAUGUCUCUCACAUUUGUGUCUAUUUUAGACUCUGGAGAAACUUCAGAACAUAACUGCUCACCACUGGUCCAAACUUCUUUAAAAUCACUUUGUAACAAUGUUUAUUGUUAAAAGCACUAUAUAAAUAAAACUGCAAUGAG